GUAGUAUACUAAGUGCUCGAGCCCCCUUUUUUUCCCAUCCCUUUUCUGCCCCUUCGUCCGCGGUAGCCGGACUACGGCGGGUUUUUGUUAUACCUAGGCUGAUAAUAUUACAUCACAUGCUGUCUGUUGGACGCGUGGGAUUUAAAAAGGCGUUAUCGUCCGAUGUUAAAGUAGGAUCGUGGUUUUUAGUACGGCGAUUUUCGGUAGAUCCCGAAGGAGGAUAUGCAAUGUGCCCCCUUCACGGUUCCGGCUAGGUAAAUACCGACCCGCCCGGAGCUUAUGGUCCUCGCCCCGCUUGCUGCAUAAUAGGAUGUGUGCACUUACUCAGGUCUGCGGGGGGAACCUGGGCGUCCUACUUUUAAACUACAUACGGAUGGUUCUAUUCACGGUGGAUGAUUCUUGUAGUUAUAUACUCCUGACGACGGAUACAUAUUUUAGAGUUCUAUGAUGCCGUCAACACGCGGUCAUGCUUACUUCUUCGGUCUCCCCUUGGAGAUCCAGUGGUGGAUAUUGCGAUAUCUUGGCGUUCGUGAUCAGGCCUCGCUCUUGCAGACGUGUCGAAGAGCACAGGGGAUUGUAGAGCCGCGGCUUUACCGUAGAGUAUUCACCAAAGCCGGCACAGAUCACGAUACCGGUGGGUUGGUUGAGUUUCUGCUUAGGCGGCCUUAUAUCGCCGGCGCGGUGCGGUUUCUCGUCCUCGACGAGUUCCACCCCGUUGCGUACCGGCAGCUCAUGGGUAUUAAGUUUUCAAAUCUCGAAAGCAUCAUCGUGCAGCACGGUGGAGAGCCCCUGAUCAUCGAGGACGAGAAGAGGCGUGCCUUAAACCUGCUUGUUAAAGAGCAGCCUAAUUUGAAGAGUUUGACUUUUUCGAUUGAGCGGGAGAAUUGGGCAGCUUUUAAACCAGAAGAGGACGACGCUGUAUUGUUUCGGCAUAGGAAACUGCGGCGUAUGCGGUUUUCUUAUGUUGACUUCUCCGCAUUUGGUAAGCUGGAUGUGGAAUAUUUCCAGCAUGCCGAUUUAAAGGGGCUAUUCAUGGAACUAUGUUGGUAUAACCACGAAGCGUUGAGUCGACUUUUAUCCCCAACGACCAGACUACAGAAUCUCUUAAUUAGCCAUAACAACCAACUGCCGUUCUCAGAGAGGCUCUACCCUAAUCUAUUAGCCCCAGCUCGGGAGAGCUUACGGAUACUGGACUUUACUUGGCGAUGGAAGCUCCCUAUUGAGGAUCAAGGCAUGGAUUUGACUCGGUUCAAAAAUCUGCAUUUCCUUCGGAUCCCCCCUAUUUAUCUCCUCGGCAGCGCAUACAUGGACGAUUCCGCAUUGCCGGACCUCAUCCCGACGAGAUUCCCCCCGAAUCUGAAGAUGCUUCUCCUCGAGAACAUCGUGCCCCGUUCCAUCAGAGUCAUGAACGAACGGGGCAUCGUUUUCCCCGGAUACCCACCGCCGGGGUAUACUCUGGAGUUAACACUCCGGCCGCGGGAUUACCAACUCGUCCGGUUCCUAAUCGCCGAGAAGCAUCACGUAUUACCCCGACUGAAGUACGUUCUUAUGUAUUAUAUGGAAUUCAUGCAGGAUUUCUUGGACUUCUAUCCGUUGGUUAAGGAGAACGGAGCUGGGCCAGGUCCUGUGCUGACUACCGAUUACUUGAACCCCUUGUUAGAUUGGUUAGACGAGCUCUGAGAGGUGGAGGGUACGAGGAUAGUGAUGAAAGACCGAGAAAGUAGAUUGACCGACCUAUAUAGGUACCUAAUUAAUAUUCAUGUAAAUAGUUGAUGGAUUCAAGUAUUUAGUUCUCCGUGGAGCCGGUUAGCUUGGAAUUGUGUAAGGACAUUUAAUGACCACUUAAACUCCGUCCUAUUCAUACUACGCCUCGGAAUAAUUAGUAAUUAUUUGACUUUUGAGGAUGUAAUGGUUAACUAAUAGAAAUAAUAAAUUAUACGGGUUAACUUGACACCAUUGCCCCAUUGAGAGCUUGAUUUGCCUAUUAC